CCGGAGGGGGAUGGAGGCCCCGCCGGACGCCGCCGACCUCGUGCCGCUGGACCGCUACGACUCGGCGCGGGCCAAGAUCGCCGCCAACCUGCAGUGGAUCUGCGCCAAGGCGUACGGCCUAGACGACGUCCCCGAGGACCUCAGAGACCCCUUCUACAAGGACCAGUACGACCAGGAGCACAUCAAGCCGCCCGUCACCAAGCUCCUGCUGUCUAGUGAGCUGUACUGCCGCGUGUGCGGGCUCAUCCUGCCAGGGGACCAGGCGGCCGCCCUGCACGGGCACCAGGCCGUCAUCCAGGCCCUGUCCCGGAAGGGGAUCUACGUGAUGGAGGGCGACGACACCCCUGUGACGGAGCCCGACCUCAGCCGCGCGCCCAUAAAGAUGAGCGCCCACAUGGCCAUGGUGGACGCCCUGAUGAUGGCCUACACCGUGGAGAUGAUCAGCAUCGAGAAGGUGGUGGCCAGCGUGAAGCGCUUCUCCACGUUCAGCGCCUCCAAAGAGCUUCCCUACGACCUCGAGGACGCCAUGGUGUUCUGGAUCAACAAGGUAAAUCUUAAAAUGAGGGAAAUAGCAGAGAAAGAAGCUAAAUUGAAGCAGCAGUUAUUGGAAAGCCCAGCUCAUCAAAAGGUCCGCUACCGGCGAGAGCACCUGUCUGCCAGGCAGUCGCCGUACUUCCCGUGGGUGGAGGACUUGAUGCGGGACGGCAGUGAUGGGGCCGCCCUCUUAGCCGUCAUCCACUACUACUGCCCGGAGCAGAUGAAGCUGGACGAUAUAUGCUUGAAGGAGGUGACGUCGAUGGCGGACAGUCUGUAUAACAUUCGGCUUCUGCGAGAGUUCUCCAAUGAGUACCUGAACAGGUGCUUCUACCUCACCUUGGAAGACAUGCUGUACGCGCCCGCGGUGCUGAAGCCGAACGUCAUGGUCUUCAUCGCGGAGCUCUUCUGGUGGUUCGAGAGCGUCAAGCCCGACUUCGUGCAGCCCAGAGACGUGCAGGAGCUGAAGGGUGCAAAGACGGUCCUGCCCCAGAAGAGCGGCCGGCCUCCCGUGCCCAUCUCCAACGCCACCAAGCGCAGCUUCCUGGGCAGCCCCGCGGUGGCCAGCCCGGCCGAGCAGCCGCCUGCCGUCCCGGCAGCUGAAGGCUGUCACAGGUGCUACCUACAGCCCGAGGAGUCCGAGUACCUUGGGAGAGGAACCUCGGCCUUCAGCCCGUCCCAUCCUUUGCUGCCACUGAGACAGAAGCAGCAGAAGCCGGUGCAGGGCGAGGACGCCUCUGGUCAGCGGCAUCGCUCCAAUUCCCUCACCCGCGUGGAUGGUCAGCCACGAGGUGUGGCGACGGCGUGGCCGGAAAGGAAGACCAGGCCCGUGUCCCAGCCAACACCUUCUGCUCUCCAUCACGCUGCCAGUUGUGACGUGGACCCCGGCUCCGGCGACAGCAUCAGCCUGGCCCGCUCCAUCAGCAAAGACAGUCUGGCCUCCAAUGUCGUUCAUCUGAGCCCCCAGAACCGGCCUCAGCCCACGGCUGCCAAGACCGAUGGGAGCAGCCUCUUGAACAACGUCAGUAUUGAGGACGAGGAGGCAGAGCUUGUGGCCCUCAUCGGGCCAGACGUGGCUGCCCGCCGUGAGGACCCCGCAGGCCCCAGGGCCUCCCCCCGGGCCCCCAGGCCCCCCCAGUGGCAGGCGGACGCCCUGGACAGCAGGCCCGACAGCUUCUUCUUGGAGCCCUUGAUGCCAGCGGUGCUGAAGCCGGCGAAGGAGAAGCAGGUCGUCAGCAAGGAGGACGAGCUGGGGGAGGGGCGGCCGAGGAGCAGCGCGGCCAGGAGGCCCGGGGACGGCCACCAGCCUCUGGGGCGACGGAGGGUGGCCGGCGGCCACGGUGGCCACGACCUGAACAGGACCUUCACCCCGAUCCCGCGUCCUGAGUCUCCCAUGAGCGUCGUGCCCACAGAGGCCGGGCCGGCGCCGGCGGCGGGUGCUGCGGGAGAGGCUUGUGGCGGGCCCCCGGCCGUCGGCGGACUUGACCUGUUGCCCCAGGGCCAGUCUGCCGACGGCUUCUUCCUUCACGUGGGCUCUGGGGGCGGGGUAUGCAUCACUUCUAGAAGCCCCAGCCCCCGGGAUUCCGAGCCGUGGGCUUUCCUGGGGCAGGGGUCCGACUCCGAUGGCCUGGACGUGGAGGAAGUGGAGCACGUGUUCACUGGCGAGGAGCCGCCGGCGCUCGGGGCUCGGUACGACGGCGAGGAGGAGUCGGCCAAGCUGCGGGAAGACAUGCAGGUGAAGGAGCACGAGGACAAGGAUGACGCCAGCGGCCGCUCCAGCCCGUGUCUGAGCACGGCCUCGCGGCUCAGCAGCGUGUCCGCGGCCAGCGGCAGCGUGGCGAUGACCAGCUUCGCCGAGCGCAAGCUGCAGAGGCUCAACAGCUGCGAGACCAAGUCCAGCAGCAGCAGCUCCCAGAAGACCACGCCGGACGGCUCGGAGAGCUGCCCGGCCCCGCUGACGACCUGGAGGCAGAAGCGGGAGCAGAGCCCCGGCCGGCGCGCCAGAGACGCGGGCAGCCUGCUGGCGUCGGAGCUGGCGCAGCUGCACAUGCAGCUGGAGGAGAAGCGCAGGGCCAUCGAGGCGCAGAAGAAGCGGGUGGAGGCCUCGUCGGCGAGGCAGCGCCUGCGGCUGGGCAAGGCCGCCUUCCUGCACGUGGUGCGCAAGGGCAAGGCCGAGGGCGCCGCCCAGCCGCCCAGGCCGGAGCACUCCCAGCACGGCGGCGAGGACCUGGACGCCGGCGUGCCCGGCGCAGAAGAGCAGGAGGCUCUCCUGGGCGAGUCCGCGGCCCUGGAUAUGGCGGGCCUGGCCCUGGUGCAGCCCAGAGCCAGGGGCCCUGCCGCGCUGCACGAGGUGGAGAAGACCAAGGCGCUGUCGGCCGCGCUCCUGGAGGACGGCCUGGGCGAGGCGGCCGACGCGGAGUGCGAGCUGUCCAUCGAGAAGCUGAACGAGAGCAUCAGCACGCUGCAGCAGGCCAUCCUGAGGAUCUCCCAGCAGCAGGAGCAGCUGCUGCUCAAGUCCCCGGCCGCCCCCGCGCCCGCGCCCGCGCCCGCGCCCGCCCCGAGGAACAGCUCCCAGGACCACAGGGCCAGGGCCUCCAUCCACUUCGUCGAGCCGCUGUCUCCUCCCGGGACGGCCGGUCACCGCAAACCGCCGCGCCUCGGCCAGGGUCGGAGUUCGCGGGCAGGGAGGCCCGCCGAGCUGAAGGUGCCGAAGGACCGGCCGCAGGGCUCCUCCUGGAGUAAGACCCCGACCCCCAGCCUGGAGACCCUGCCGCACCUGCGCGCCCUCCCCCCGAGCAGCCACGCACGGACGCCCUCUGACCCGGACGCUGCCGCAGAGCCCGGGGGCGAGCUGCACGAGGAGAGCCCGUGUGACGGCUACAGGCUCUACCACGAGAGCAACCAGCGCACGCUGGCCGUGCCCGCCGCCCAAGACCCGAACAUCCUGGCGGAGCAGAUGAGCCUGCAGGACGGCCUGGGCGCCGGCGUGCGCGAGGCGGGGCCCAGCCCCUCGGACGGCUCGGGGAAGGUGGCCGCGCCCGCGGAGGAGCCCCUGAGGAGCAAGGCCAGCCUCAUCGAGGUGGACCUCGCAGACCUGAGGGCCCCCGGAGAGGACGGGGAGGGGGCCGGCCACGACCGUGCCCCGGAGCUCCCCGGGGACGCUGACCAGAAGCCCGGGGUCGGCUUCUUCUUCAAGGAUGAGCAGAAGGCCGAGGACGAGCUGGCCAAGAAGCGGGCGGCCUUCCUCCUGAAGCAGCAGCGCAAGGCCGAGGAGGCGCGGGCGCGCAAGCAGCAGCUGGAGGCCGAGGUGGAGCUCAAGAGAGACGAGGCCCGGCGCAAAGCGGAGGAGGACCGGGUGCGGAAGGAGGAGGAGAAGGCGCGGCGGGAGCUCAUCAAGCAGGAGUACCUGCGCAGGAAGCAGCAGCAGAUCCUGGAGGAGCAGGGGCUGGCCAAGCCGAAGUCAAAGCCGAAAAAGCCACGGCCGAAGUCCGUCCACCGCGAGGAGCCGUGCAGUGACUCGGGGCCCAAGUGCUCCUCCACCCCCGACAACUUGAGCCGGACCCAGUCCGGCUCCAGCCUGUCCUUGGCGUCCGCGGCCACCACGGAGCCCGAGAGCGUCCACUCGGGGGGCGCUCCCUCUCAGCGGGUGGAGUCGAUGGAAGCCCUGCCCACCCUGAGCCGCAACCCGAGCAGGAGCACGGACCGGGACUGGGAGACGGCCUCGGCGGCGUCCUCCCUGGCCUCGGUGGCCGAGUACACAGGUCCCAAGCUGUUCAAGGAGCCCAGCAGCAAAUCCAACAAGCCGAUCAUCCACAACGCCGUGUGCCACUGCUGCCUGGCCGGGAAGGUGAACGAGCCGCACAAGGACUCGGUGCUGCAGGAGCUGGAGAAGUGUGACGCCAACCACUACAUCAUCCUGUUCCGCGACGCCGGCUGCCAGUUCCGGGCCCUGUACUGCUACUACCCCGACACCGAGGAGAUCCACAAGCUCACGGGCACAGGGCCUCGGAGCAUCACCAGGAAGAUGAUCGACAAGCUGUACAAGUACAGCUCAGACCGCAAACAGUUUAACUUGAUCCCAGCCAAGACCAUGUCGGUCAGCGUGGACGCCCUCACCAUCCACAACCACCUGUGGCAGCCCAAGCGGCCGGCGGCGCCCAAGAAGGCGCAGAACCGCAAAUGACCGCGUGGCCGGGCGGGGCGACCUGCCGCCGCCGGCCUGGUACGACGUGUGCAGAACCGGAGCUGUUCUGGGAGGCUUCUAGGUAGCGAGAGGAACGCCGCCCCGCGCUCCGCACGGGGACCCAGGCGGCGCGGGGGGGAGGCCUGGGCGUGCUCUGGGUGGCUCGCGGGGCCGGCGGGCGGGGGGCGAGCGCGGAGUGUGGUCCCUCGAGCCGCGUGGCUCCCUACUUGAAGUCCUCCUCCGUGGCUGCGGACGGCCCCCGGCCGCGGCCCCUCGCCGCCCUCUGCGUGCGGCCCGACGCCCUGGGGGCGGCCGGCGGCCCUCGGCAGAGGACGGCCCGCUCUCCGCUCAGGUGUCAGGUCGUGGUGGGGUUGUCUCCGUUUAGGAAGCUGUAAGAUAUUUAUUGAUCGUGUCUACUGCCAACGUUUGUAUCCAAUUCUAAGGUUUCUGAAAAAUAUUCUUGUUUUUUGCUGCUCAGAAAAAAGUUUACUGAAACUCCGUUCACUCAAGGCACUGAGAUCUGUAGUCGGUCUCCUGCAGGCAGGGCGGGGCCGGCGCUGGGGCUUGUCCACCGAGCAGACAGGCCCCGGGAAGCAGGGGCUCCCGCCCGAGGGCGCGUCCGGCACAGCUCCGCUGGGCAGCGCUCUGCUGCCGUCGGGAGCCCAGGGGCGCGCUGUCCACGCAGGGCCCAGCGCCACGGCCACCGGCCCGGGAGGCUGCAGCUGCUGUGUUUCGCCCGUGGGGAGUGCCACUGGAACCGUCCUGAGCCCUGCAGGACGCCAGACACGAGGGCGACCGCCACACCCGGACGCUGGGCAUGGGAGCGACCGGGCCUCCCGUGACCGCGCCGUCCCUGGGAGUGCUGACCCCUCACUGUUGGACAUUAUGUGACCGUAUUUAUUUUAAGAAAGCACUACAGUGUAAUAAAGGAAUGAGCUAA